CCUCGCAAUCAAGCAGUGUACUGAUCCUGUUUGCUGAUAGAAGCGAGGAUUUUCACAGAAUACGCUGAUAACCACUUGGAAACAAUCCACUGAGCAGACGCAGAUGCAGCCCAGUGUUUUUGCUCUUUGGUCUGUCCCAACAAUGACUACUGGUGGAGCAGGAAUGCUGCUCUUUUAUCCCACACAGAGGACAGCACAGGUGGAGAUCAGAUAUUGUUUAGUCUAUUUAAAUCGUCAUGAAAUGGAGCACCUUCACUCAGUGCUCCCUUUCAUCUUUGACGGGCUCCUUACAUCAGCUGUGUGAUGAUGUGAUUACUUUUUCAACAGAUUCAGAUAACUUUCACAGAGCUUGUCACCAAAGCUCAAAACGGUUCUCUUUUUCGACAGAGGAGGCUCACCUGACUCACCUGACCAACCAGGGGUGUGGCAACGCAGAAGCUCUAUAAAUAAAAGCAUGUCAAGAAUUUCAUCCAUAACAUGGACAAACCCCAUCCACUGAGCUACAGCACUCUCAGAGCAAACCUACCUGACAGGGUCACCAUGCUCAGAUCACACACACCCCAUAGACUCAUCUCCUGCAAGUUGCUGCUGCUGCUGCUGCUCCUCGUCUCCCUCUCCAGCCAGGGGGAGAGCCGGCCUCACAAACCCCACAAAGGCGCACCUGACGUGGGGAGGAUGGCUGGCCAGAAGGUCCAGCUUUUGGAGGCCCUGAAGGCGGGGAUCCUCAGCUCAUUGGGUAUGGACGGGGAGCCCAGGCCGGCCCGAAAGGCCACAGAGAGGGAGCUGAGGAGGAUGUACCAGCUCUACAGAGAAAAACUGAGAGAAAUGAGAGGAAAUUCCAGCCAUCCGAUGAGGGAGACCUGGCAGCCUUCUGUCUCUACUGUUCUCUUUCCAGCCACAGUGGAGCCAGUGAAAGUGCUUUGGAAGGGAGGACACCCACAGUCAGUCCAAGGCAUGCGGUGGUACAGAGCAGUUUUCCAUAAAGACCCAAAUAUCCAGAGUGAACUGAAUCUAGCUCGGGCAGAACUGAAGAUCUCCAGGCAGAUUUUAAAUAAACCCACAUCAGUUCAGCCUGAGCCAAGACAACAGGUUAAAGUUAAAGUCAGCGGGAGGAAGCCAGUGAACUCUGCUGCACGGACACAGAUAGACACUCUACUCCUGGCCAAUGUCUCAAGCACUCAAGACGUGAUGUUGGACAUCAGCCCCGAGGUGGAGGAGUGGAUGAGAACAGAUGGCGGUCAGGCACUGGUUGUGGAUGUAGGGAUGGUUGACGGAGGUGCCCUCAAGGCCGACCCGACCGUUUCUGUGGAGUUAGGCCUCACGCAGCCCAAACUGGCGCAGAGGACGCGUCGCUCCAACAAGGAGGACGACUGCGACGAACGAGGAUGGUGCUGCCAGAAGUCGGUCACCGUGUCCUUCAAAGACAUCGGCUGGGCGGACUGGGUGGUGGCCCCAACUGAAUACACCAUGCACCUCUGCGACGGCACCUGCCCCCACAACUACAAGCCGGCCAGCAUGCACACGCAGGUGAAGUCUCGGCUGCACCAGAUCACCAAGGGAGGGACGCCUCGGCCCUGCUGCGUGCCGGCAGCCUACGAGCCCAUGGUCCUCAUGCACUAUGACAGUAGAGGAAAGUUAAAGCUGACACCUUUCAACGACCUGAUUGUCAGUAAAUGUCACUGUGCCUGAGGAAAAAAUGCAAGUGACUUUUUUUCCCCCACCUUAUAACCUUAGGGAGAGCAUUUCCACUAGAAGAAAAGCUUGUUACAUGGUGAAAACAAACCUGACUGUGUUCUUAGAUUAUCACAUAUCUUAAUUGGUUAAGUACAAUUGCAGUCAUCCACUCUGACUUUUUUUUUUUUUUGAAGAUGUUACUGCUGCACAGAACCACUGUUUUGUUUUGCAUUUAGGAUCUUCUCCUUUAAACAUAAAAUUAUUUAUUUUAAGCUCUAUUUAUGGUCCUAUUUGCCUUAUUUUGUUGUUGUGUUACAUUACAGCAUAUUUUAGUACCAUUUACUGUUAUUAUUUAAAGUACUGUAUUGUUUUACGAGGCAUGCGGUUUGUUUUGUUUGUUGUCCUCUACAUUUCAAAAAUUAUUUGCCCAAAUAAAUGUUCCAAUUGAUUCACACUGAACUGUUGCACUUGAAUGUACCCACAUGUACAUUUCAAAAUAAACGCAUAAGCAUGAAA